GUUGAAGCUAAACAACAUGUUAUUUCCGUUAGUUUGACACAGCUUUGGUGUAGAAGUAUGCGGCUAUAUGGAGAGUUAUAAGUAUGGAAACGGAAAAGCCCGCGGGAACUCAGGUGAUUACUUGGCUGGAUUCGGCCAAAACACACGUUCAAGAAUACUUGCGGAAGGGGGAGGAGUCAGUGCCCCCUGUCCUGUUUGAUGACGUCAUUAGAUGUAUCAGCAGGCUCCACACCCAGAUCCCCCUAAGUUACAGCUUCACCGCUCUGUCUCACCUUAUUUCACUCCAACAUGCUCCAUGUGUUUCUCUCCUGGGCUGGAGCACAGAACAAUAUCAGAAGUGGUGCCAGGAGGGGGUGAAGCGUGUUGGAUCUCCACCAUCACCAGACAACUUUUUGCCCCGUACUCGCCUUCUCCUUCUGGGGUACAUUUCAGACCAUCCCAUGGAGAACAAUAAAAGACAUGAUGGCAACUUGUAUCUCAAAGACUCCAGUGGCUGCAUACCAUGUGAGAUACCACACCUGGAUUUGUCAUUGUUGGGAGCUUUGGUUUUCUUCCCAUGCUGGUCUUACAUACCACCAAAGUCUGGAAGGCAAGACUCAGAAGUGGGAUAUCUUGAGAUAUUAUCUCCUCCUGUACCCAUAUUGUGCCACCCAACGAGAGAAGUCCCCUCAGAUCCAGUUGCUGCCAAUGUCCUCACACCAACAACUGCUUUGUUACUGUUAAAAAACAGGUCUCACUCCAGACAAACCAGUGUGUCUAUUACCGGUGAGGUUUGUCGUGUCACAUCGCUCCUGAAUAUUAGGCAGAAAACCUAUUUCUUCUUUUUUCUAGAAGAUCAAGAUAACAGUGUCCCUGUGGUUGUACAGGUUCCCUGUAAGUUGUCCUGGUAUCAUGCUCUUUAUGUGGGAGACACAUAUGAGGUGACGGUGCUGUCCAUAUGUUCUGUGCAUGGAUCUUCUCCUAAGAUCUUCUCUGUCACAUCUUCCUCGCAACUAAUUUCACUGCCAGCAAAUUGUCCCCCUUAUCCUGUUAGCCAUGACAGUGAAAUGGCAGAGAUCAGUUCUUCACCAACAAUUAAAAAAGGGGAAAAUAAAGUGGAGAAUUGGCCUCAGGAGAGGCAAAAGCAAGACAUAAAGAAGGAGUCCAAGACCCUAACUUACAAGGGAGUGCUGACUAAGAUCUUGGACCCCUGCGCCGGUCUAUAUGAACUUGAUGGGGAACUGGUGCUUUGCACUGCGUACCUGCAACUGCCAAACAGAGGAAGGGGGCUGAGAGAGGGAGCGACAGUGGAGGUAUUUGAUGCUCAUCUCCAGCAGUCUCCUAGUCCCCUUUUCCCACCACUUGUCCUUGCUUGUUGUCUCAGAAGUCGCGUGCACAUUUCUGAGUUCUCACGGCUUUCCUCUUCUCACUCGCCCGUUGUUGCAGCCAGUAAUCUUCACUUACAUCUCCUGUUCCGUUACCAAUUGAGGCUGCCAGAGUAUCUUUGGGUAUCUGAUGUUGUGGAGAAACUGCGUGAAAAGCUAUAUCCAUAUCUUGUUACACAGCGCUGUCUUGUGGGACCACUUGGGUCUGGUCCUCCAGGUUUAGCAGAGAAUUUGCUCUCCCAGACUCUCUCCUCUCUCUACUUGCCAGGGGGGUCACAUGAGAGAAACCCUCAGGGUGAGAUCUUGGACGUCCUGCAUGAUUGCCCCCUCAGAAAGUACUCUCCCCUCCCAUCUCCAUGGUCUCUUCCCUCUUUGUCUCUUCUGUCGUCUCUUGUCUCUGAGAAUCGUUUUCUAAGAAGUAGUGAGCUUAAUCGACGUCUCCACUGGUCCUAUAAUGUAUUGCAACCUGAGGACCUGCCCACCCCACCUCGACUUCUGGGAGUACUCCACACAUCUUCAUCUGGUGUCCUCAAGUUAAAGGAUCAGAUGUUCUCUCUACCGUGCUUGAUUUUGCCCCGUCCACCAAUUGCUUGGAUUGGUUGUGUUAUUAAGGUGUCUGAGUAUGAGCUGAUCAUGGAAAAGGUUGAGAACAAAGUGAAAGAGAAAAUAGAAUACAAAACAUAUGUACUUUUCCUCUGUCAAAAUGUUCAGGUUCUCCAUCAGCCACAUAUCUGCUCAUCGUGCACCGACAAAGCAUCUUGUGUGCCACGCCCCUCCAAAUGUCCUCGAACUUGUGUCCCCUGGGUAUCUCGCUUAUUUGUCAUAGGCCGGGUGGAGGGACGGGGCCCCAGGUCCAGUUCUGAAGGUGGCCUUCAGUUUCAAGCCCAAGCCACAUGGGUAGGAGGCCCACAGCUGUUAGAGGCAAAAUAUAAUUAUGAAGAUGGAGAACUUAAAACGGAAGAAGACAAACCGCUUAACAGGGUUUUGCUGCUUUUUUCUGGUUCCUCAGUGCGAUGGUUUAAUUUUCUUCAGCCAAACAGGCUAUAUCGUCUUAUUGCAACAGGAGAGACGAAUUUAGGGAUUUUUGACCGUCAAAGUGAGUCUUCGUUGCAAAUUUCAAACUGCAUGGAAUGCUUCACAGUCCACAGUGAAUGGACAUUACAAGAUGUAGAGAAUCCAGAAAUUUUAUUAUUUCCUAUAGAAGAAAUUCUUUGUAUAAAAGAAGCUUUGAAAAAGAGCUCUCCAGGGUCUCUGCUCUCAGUCACUGGCACAGUAUCUCAUCGUUCCAUAUGCGAUGCUCAGAGCACAUACAUGCAACAUUCCAGAAGAACCAUAUCUGAAGACUUCUUUCCUCAAGGUAUUUCUCUCAAGUUGACCUUGAUGGAGAUUGCCAGCCACUCUGAAGUGUCUGUAUAUAUUGACCUGUCCAGGGGCCCUUACCCUCUGGGCCUUCUUCCAGGUGUUACAUUAUUACUCCAAGGCCUGGAAUGGAAAGUUUCAAGGUCUGGCAGCAUCUACUUACGCAGUGUGUCCACUUGCUGUGUGUGUGUUUUGAGCACCCCUACAAAGAGCAGUGAACACCUCCCUCCUCCUCCAAUUGUACUCUUUAAGAAUCUUCCAGGACCAAUGACACUGCGCCGAGCUGUGUGUUCUGUGUCUUGUGUGCUGAACUUGACUCUCCGCUGGGUUUGUUCCAUGUGUGGGGACAUAUUUAGAAAGGGGGCCUGUGCGCGGUCUCCAUCCUGCUCCUCCAAAUCAGGAGUCUUCCAAGCUAAAGCAAGAGUGAAAGCAGAUGAUGGAUCAUCAGAGGUUGUUCUAGAGCUUCAGGAUGAUGCUGUGUCACUAAUGCUGGGAAUGUCCCCUGGUUUCUGGGAGGCAUUGCAGAGACGUGUUCUCUCGAGGGGUGAAGUGACCAUGCAAUACCGUGGAAGGAAUCAUGAGGUCUUGACUGAGGAGCAAAGUGAGGACACACUGUUACGCUAUGUAACUUACCUAACAUCACGUUCUUCUGUUUCUCGCCCCCUGCUUUUGACAUUCACAUUACGCAGGAACAAUACAGAAUCUCUGUCUGCAGCACUUCCACAGUCAAGACGUUUCACACGGGGUGAUAGAGAUUACAUUACAUAUGUUCCUUCUGCUCCUACUCUCACUUGUUUGCAUUUGCAGGAAGUGGACCCUCGAACCUUCUGUCACUUGAUCCAUGAUCGCAACCUAUCUAAUGUUACAUAAUUUAUUGGAGUGUACACGAAGAUUGAUUCAUUUGUGUUUUUUAAUAAUUCAACUUUUUAUAUUAAUAUAUAAAAUCUUUGUUGGCUAUGCUUAAAAGUUUGUUAAUUCAAAGAAGACAUAAAAAUAACAUAUUUUACUAAUUUAAUGUUUUUACUUGCAAAGAACAGAAAAAUAAAAUAUAUAUAUUUUUAAAAAAUA